AUGGCUCCUUACUUCGUCAUGGCUCCUUACGGUCAUGGCUCCUUAUGGUCAUGGCUCCUUAUGGUCAUGGCUCAUUAUUUUGUCAUGGCUCCUUACGGUCAUGGAUCCUUAUGGUCAUGGCUCCUUAUUUGGCCAUGGCUCAUUAUUUUGUCAUGGCUCCUUAUGGUCAUGGCUCCUUAUUUUGUCAUGGUUCCUUAUGAUCAUGGCUCCUUAUUUGGUCAUGGCUCCUUAUUUGGUCAUGGCUCAUUAUUUGGUCAUGGCUCCUUAUUUGGUCAUGGCUCAUUAUUUGGUCAUGGCUCCUUAUUUGGUCAUGGCUCAUUAUUUGGUCAUGGCUCCUUAUUUGGUCAUGGCUCAUUAUUUGGUCAUGGCUCCUUAUUUGGUCAUGGCUCAUUAUUUGGUCAUGGCUCCUUAUGA